GCAAACGCCGCGGGCCUGCUGGACAUGGCUUUGGUGCCGAGUGAGCGGCUCCCCGACUCCGCAAAGUGGUCCGUGUCCUACGUGGAGGCCUCCAAGGCCCAAGUGAGGCGGCGGCAAGAUGAGGAGAAGACUGCUCGGUGGAAUGCUGGCAACCAUGACAGCACGGAGUUCUUCAGGAAGAUGGGCCAGACCAUGGCAGAUACGGAGAGGUACAAGGCAGCAUGUCGCAGUGCUACCCUUGCUUCGCCGUCGCGUCAAAACGAGGAGAAGGUGAGCCUGGAGUUUGCGGGCAGGUAUGUGGACAUUGCGAAGGCCCUUGCUGAUUUCAGCAAUGUCUGCAUCAAUGACGACGAACAGAAGGGCUUCAAGACCAUGAACGCAGAUGGCACCGUGGAUGCUCCUCCGGGUGUGAUGCAUCUCAAGGACCCGGCGGCAGAAGAAAAACGGCGCCAGGCCGAGGAAGAGGCGGCGACUAAAGUCCAGGCCAUGGAGAGAGGGCGCAAAGCGCGGAAACAGGUCAAGGAGGUGCAAGAAGUUGAGGAGGAGGAACCCAGCCAAGAGCUUGGGCAAGGUUCAUCAUCGUCCCUGCCGAAGGAGGGCUCGGAGGAGGUUGCACCCCCCGCCCCACGUCCGCCGGAUUCCGUGGACGAGGAAGGGGUGGAGAGGAAAUCCUCCGCAUCGGACAAUGACAAUGAUGAUGCAUUUGGAGAAAUAGAGGAAGAGUUUUCUCCAAAGACCGAUGUAGUCGGCCCUGUCAUCUCCAUAGUCGGCGCCGGCGCUGUUGCUCCUGCAAACACCAGCAACCCGGGCUCUCGCAGAAACUCCAGGCGAUCGUCUGAGGAGAGUGAAAGCGGUGGGGAGUCCGAGGGGUCGGACCAGAACGACGAUUGGCCGCCGAAACCGCCCAUCGUUCGAUUCCGUGCCCAGUGUGAGUUCUCUGCCCAGUUCAAGGCCCCUGAAGCCAAAGAAGAGCGGCGCCGCUCUAUCCAACAGGCUCAAGAGCGCAAGCAGCUAAAGGUCCAGGCUUCUGAGGUUAUCCAGGACAUGACAUUGACUUGGAUAAACAUGUACUUCAAGCUGGACGUCGUUAACCCGCGGGACCUGACCGCUGGCUUUCCCAUCAUCAUUCUAACGAUGAUGGAUGUCAUCUAUCCGAAGAAGGUUCGAUGGCACCAGGUCGAUUGGAACGUGGCCUACCAGCGGGCUUUGACUCAUAAUCACCGGGUGCUGGAGAAGCAUUGGAACGAGGUCAACAUGGACAAGGUCAAGGAUCUGCGAAAAGAUCGUAUCGGCAUGGUGAUCGAGAGCACCUUAGAAGCAUCGAUAGAAGAUAAGCUGCACUUCUUGAAGCAAGUGAAGCGCUGGUUUGAUUGCCGGGUGCAACACUCCGCGGCCUACGAUCCCAUCAAACGGCGGACCGAGGUUGAGAAGCAGAUUCGACUCACUGGCCGGCUGAUGAAAUUUCCUACAUGGAUGCAAUACGACAAAGAGGAAGUUCAAGCCAGCCGGUCGAUCAAGCCAGACGCACACAAGCGCAGGUCGCAAAAAACCGAGGCAACCACCGAGUAUGAGAAUAUGCCAGAGUUCAAGCGUCUCCUGUGGUUCUUGGGGUCGGAGCACCAGACAAUGUGA